AUGGAAACGUUACCCUCCCCUCCCCUCGAGCGCGCCUCGUCGCCCGAACCCUGGGUGACGCCGUCGCUCGCACUGGGCGCAGUGCCGCAGCUCGAUCGCUCCGUCUCGACAGCGUCGUCGGUGUCGUCCGUCUCGGGUCGAUCGGCCAGCUCGAGGCUCUCCGAUGGUGGCACAAGGCGAGGAUACAUGAGGCCAGAAGGGACGCAGUUCUCCAAGUCAGCGAGGAGCAGAGAAAGCGUCAUGAACCUGGGGACCAUCGCGCAUCUGCAAUACUACUUCGCUAGGACGGGGCUGCUGGAUACAGCGACUGGCCGGACUGGUAAGGCGCGCAAAAGCGGAUCGAGGACACCCAGCGGGACUGAGCGCCCUCUGUCUGGAGUCGACGGCGAGCUCUCAGCCUUCUCAUUUCCAUCUCCAGCAUCCCCCGAUGGCACCAGGGAACACUUGGGCUUCGUUGACUCACCCCUCGACGAGACCGCGUCCAUGUCUUGGGAGGACAACGAACCUAUGAUGCUUCCACCCACCGUGAGCACAUACAAGAACAAUCCCGUUUACGUUCCUCCACCACCUGAUAUGACGGUUCUCCGUCGAGAACUGCGCGAGUCGCUGGCCGAAUCCAUGAAGCACCUACAAGAAAUCGAGAAGUACAUUGCCGACCCGCAACAGGCCAGUGCUAUAAAAGGAACCAAUGCUGCCGCAUCGACUGCACCCGAUGCAUCAGGAUGGUACGAGAUACAGGGCCUGAACCUGCUGGACGUGACGACGCUGGCCAUUAGAGCCGCCAAGAACUACUACACGGCACACGAGGAGCCACAACGACUGUAUGCCAUCAAGUCGGAACGCCAGAUCAGGAAGGAGCUCUACGAAGCAUUGGAGGUUUUGAAGCGACUAGCCAUGCGCAACUUUGCCAACGGAGUGCAGCAGUACGAGGUUUCUAAGCUGAGGCAAUGGAUUGACGACAUUGGCACUCUGCUGGACACGGAGGAAGAGAAGGAGAGAUUAGAGCAGGCAGAGAGGGAGAGUUGGUCCUGGCGGGAGGGCGAUUGGACUGGCAGAGAAAGAGAGAGGGAACUCCUGUUUCUCAAGUCAUUCGACAGCAGCCCAGAUCCCCUCCCCGAUUGGACAGCUGCGAGCGAAGGCCAAGGGCCAACCCCGUUCCUCUCGGCCUUGCAGAAUGGGUUACGACUAGUCCACCUGCACAACACGCUGGUCAGGAAGUCGAAACGACAAUUCGAGGAAAUCAAACAUUAUCACACUGACACGGCCAAACCAUAUCGAUGCGCCGACAAUCUGCGGUACUGGGUCAAAGCGGCCGAACUGCGCUGGGACAUCAAGCUGGACGUUGAUGUCAUGGGCGUUGUGCAUGGCGAUGCGGGCGCGUGGAAGAAUUUCGACGCUGCUCUCCUCAAGUGGUGCCAGGGCGUGCGAGAGGAGAUGACGUUGGAGUGGCAGAAGCAGAAGAACCAGACGCGGACGCCGACUCUGCAGAUUGAUCCCAACUACGAGCCGUUGUAA